AUGUCCAAACGCAUCAUCGUAACCGGCGGCUCCGGCAAAGCCGGCCAAUUCAUCAUCGCCCACCUCCUCCACCAGAACUACUCCAUCCUCAACCUCGACCUGCACCCCCUCCCCGCCCCCCUCGCCGCUCGCGUCCACACCCUCCGCGUCGACCUCACCGACACUGGCCAAGUGCACAGCGCCAUGCACUCGCACUUCGCGCUGACGGAGCCCUUCCGCGACCCGCUACACCAAGUCCCAACGGCCGUGAUCCACCUCGCCGGGUACGCGCGCAACAUGAUCGUCCCCGACAACGAAACCUACCGCGGCAAUGUACUCGCCUUUUACAACGUGCUCGAAGCGGCCUGUCAGAUGGGUAUUCGCAAGAUUUUGCUGGCCUCGUCGAUCUGCGUCUACGGCGUUGCGUUCGCGGAGGGCGAUGUUGAUUACCCCGCCUUCCCGGUCGAUGAGUCCGUGCCGGCGCAGCCGAUGGACGUGUAUGCGAUCUCGAAGGUGUGUGGGGAGCAGACGGCGGCGGGGUUUGCGAAACGGUAUCCCGAGACGGAUGUCUAUGUGUAUCGAUUCGGGGCGAUGGUGAGUCCGGAGGAGUUUCAGGAGAGAUUUACAGGGUAUGUGGAGCGGCCGGGGGAGUGGAAGGUGCAUGGUUGGGCGUAUACGGAUGCAAGGGAUCUCGGGUUGAUGGUGGAGAGGGGGUUGAUGGUGGAUGGGUUGGGGUUUCAGGUGUUCAACGCGGUGAAUGAUGAGAUGACGAAUUUUGAGUCGUCGACGGAGGCAUUUUUGGCACGGGUCUGUCCUGGUGUGCCGGUGACGAGGGAGUUGAUAGGGAGGGAGGCGCCGGUGUCGAAUCGGAAGCUGAGGGAGGUGUUGGGGUUUGUGCAGCGGGUGAGGUGGCAGGAUGAGUAUCUGAAUUAGGUCUGAAAUUGGGAAGGUGCUGGAUCUUUUGUAGAUAGGAUGAUGACUGUCUAUGAGUAUUCGCUGGGUUAACAAAGUUGUGGUAAACGUCACGGUGGAAUCAGUGUGAGGUGUACCGUGUAGUUAGUGUUGACCUAUGUGAGAUCGGAU